AUGUCUGAAUCGGAAACACAUCACAUAGUUCCUAGCAACAAAACUUUUCAGGAUCUAUCUACUGCAACAUUGAGGUCUUUGAACAUAAAGGAGAUCAAACAGGUCCAAACGGUACCAUCCAUGCUUAACUAUUCACACAAAGUGACCAUUAAGGGGUUUAUGCCAGAAGAUACAGACAAAAGUGGCUCACUUGAGAAGAUGAUUGAAGAAGGAGACACUCAUAAGGAUGAGCCAAGAAAGAUAGAGACAAAGAAGGCUAAAGAGGAAGAAGGGGAGUCACAGAAAGUAGGAACUGGUGAUGAUGAUACAGACAGUGACUUGAACAGGAAUAUUGGAGCGAGACUAGUAAGAAAGAAGAAAAGAAUUCCCGUUAUUGAGGAUUAG